AUGCUUAUGCCGUUUCAAUUUCCUUGCUUUGGCGCCAAUCAGAAACUGUGCUUCCAAUACGGCAGCACUGUCUACGGGUUCAAGUCAAGUGUAAUAUUUGUGGAGAAAGGAAAACUUUGUUGUGUUGCUGAAAAUGGAAUAAGCGAGAAGCGCAUAACUUGGCGCUACUCCUUCCUCGUUUUCGACUGUACAGUGCUCAUCGAACUGUUCCUGCGAAGAUGCCAAGCCCUCUCCAGCCUCGUUGUUUCCCAUGCAAACGCGAUGCUUCAUCCUAAGAAGCACUGCAAUGGAAUCCUCUUCAACACUGGGCUGUCUGGAGUUGAGAAUGUCGCUCCUGCACAACAGGGAAUCGACAUGGCGCUGCUGCAGUACCAUCAAAGAACCUGCCACGCGGUCGGACAGCAGGUGGUGGGUGCAGCUAUCACCAACUCCACGGACAGCUGCAUGAUGGAACAAGAUGGAGCUCCGAAGCCGAUCCAUGCAAAUGAAUGCAUGGACAUGGAUUUGAACAAUCAGGAUGUAACGAGCAAGUUCACAAGGUUUCCUCCCAACGGAGCUCGCUCGCCCACGCAUUGGCACACGGGAACAGCCAUCGGAUUUCAGCGGUCAUGGCCUGAGACUGGAUGGACCAUGGAGGAGAUGAACGUCCGGACCUGGGAAUGUCACUAUGGGGGACUCAGCGACUACUAUUGA